AAGCCCAACCCGUAACCCUAACUAUCCUGCCUUUGCUCGAUGGAGAAUAGGCAUCUCCUCCUCCUCUCCGCACUCUUCAUCUUCUCCCACUCAUCUCUUCUCGUCACCCACGGCCAGCUCCUUCCCGUCGUCAGUCGCUGCACAAAUUCUGGCGACCGCGAUAUCUACAUCGUUCACGUCAAAAUGCCCAAUAACACCAAAUUGCUCGGCUCCAAAGCCCGAGAGAAGUACUACAAAUCCUUCCUGCCACCCCCCAUUGCCCCUGGUCAGCACCGCCUCGUGUUCUCAUACAACCAUGCCAUCAGCGGCUUCGCCGCCAGGCUCUCCGAAGACGAAGUGAAGGCCAUGGAAUCGAUGGAGGGGUUCGUGCAUGCGUACCGCGAUCGGGAGUUCAGCCUCCACACCACACACUCGCCGGACUUCCUUGGGCUCCACCCAGACCGCUGCUUCUGGAAGGACUCCAACUUAGGCCAAGGGGUUAUCAUCGGAGUGCUCGACACCGGCAUCAUCCCCUCCCACCCUUCCUUCAUGGACUCCGGCAUGUCGGUCCCGCCGUCGAAGUGGAAGGGGAUCUGCGACUUCGAUGUGAACGUGUGCAACGACAAGCUGAUCGGGGCGAGGGGGUUCAGCUCGGGGUGCCGGGACUCCCCGGUUGACCACGACGGGCACGGUACGCACACGGCCAGCAUAGCUGCGGGGAGCUUCGUCCACGGUGCCGCUGUCCUCGGCCAUGCCAAGGGCACUUCGGCCGGGAUGGCGCCGAAAGCUCACCUGGCCAUCUACAAGGUGUGCUACGAGACGUGCCUGGGGAGCAAUAUCUUGGCCGGCAUCGACCAAGCCAUCGCCGAUGGAGUUGAUGUGCUCUCCAUCUCCAUUGGAUCACCACCAGAACCCUUCUAUGACGACAGCAUGGCCAUCGGUACGUUGGCUGCGGUAGCGGAGGGAAUCUUCGUGAGCUCCUCGGCAGGCAACGCAGGGCCUCGCGAGAGCUCGGUGGAGAACGAUGCACCGUGGGUGCUCACCGUUGGAGCAAGCACCAUGGAUCGGACUAUCCGAGCGACGGUCAAGCUCGGAAGUGGAGUAGAAAUCGACGGAGAAACCAUGUAUCAGCCAGAAAACUUUCCCACAAUCCAAUUGCCGUUGGUGUACCCCGGGGCGAGGGGGAUCUCUCGGGCCAAGACGUGCAGCGAAGGCUCGCUGGAUGGGAUCAACGUCCGGGGAAAGAUAGUUUUGUGCGAGACCGGCGGGUCGAACACCCGCAUCGAGAAGGGUGCGGUCGUCAAGAAGGCUGGCGGGGUCGCGAUGAUCCUCAUGAACCGGGCGCAGGAGAUGUUCACUGCGGAGGCCAGUGCACAUGUCAUCCCGGCGGCCCAUGUGAGCUACGCCGCCGCCACCAAGAUCAGAUCCUACGUCAAGUCCUCGCGAACCCCCACGGCGGCAAUCCUCUUCAAGGGCACGUGGUAUGGGGCUCCACCGUCACCCACCGUCGCGGCCUUCUCCGGCCGAGGCCCAAGCAUGAUCAACAAUGGCAUCUUGAAGCCGGACAUCAUCGGGCCGGGUGUGAACAUCGUCGCUGCAUGGCCUUCGGCCGUCGGUCCCGACCCCAGAGAUGACUCCAUUUCCACGUUCAACGUCCUCUCCGGCACCUCGAUGGCGGCUCCUCAUCUCGCCGGUAUCGCCGCGCUGUUGAAGGUCUCGCACCCGGACUGGUCCCCUGCGGCGAUCAAAUCCGCCAUCAUGACAUCUUCCGGCACUCUUAACAGCGACGGGAAGCUCAUCGCCGACGAGACCUUGAAGACGACCAACUACUUUGCAGCAGGCGCAGGGCACGUCAACCCAUCUAAGGCCAACGACCCGGGACUCGUCUACGACCUCGCCGCCGAUGACUACAUUGCGUACCUCUGUGGUCUGGGGUACACCGACCGACAAGUUUCGGCGAUUGCUCGCAGCCAGAUAGAUUGUUUAAGCUUGAUGCCAAUCACAGCAGAGGAGCUGAACUACCCGACGUUCUUGAUGUCGAUCGGGGCUGACUCGCAGAAGACUGUCACGCGGGUGGUGAAGAAUGUUGGAGAGGCUAAUGAAGCAUACUCGGUGCAGGUCGAUGCGCCAGAGGGGGUGGAGGUGAGCGUGUAUCCGGAUAAGCUGGUGUUCUCGGCGAUCGAUGAGACGGCGGUCUAUGAUGUGUACUUCACCACCGGCGACACCAAUGACAGAGUAGGAAUGGUGUCGGAGGGCCAACUACGGUGGGUUUCUGGCAAGCAUGUUGUGAGAAGUCCUAUCUCGGUCACCUUCAUCUGAGAUUUCUUAGCUGAGCUACUAGAGUUAUGAUUUGGCGUUUGUUAAUUUACUUUGCAUUAGGACCCUGUAUUCAGGGUCCUCCAUGAUGAAUAUUUCAAAGUUGUAGUUGAUAUGGUCAACUUUUGGGGCAUUUGUUAUCUCACCACAGGGUCCUUCGUGAUGAAUAUUUCAAAGUUGUUGUUGAUAUGGUCAACU